GUACUACAUCAUGACAGUCAUAUACAGCCAGCUUUACACAAUAUUGCACUUAUCGUUGAAACCUGGCUCACUGACAAAUUGCUAUAUGCUGCUGAAACUAUCCCCACUUCGGAUGAGUCGCCUCAAAUUUCCCCUAUUCCUAUUUUGGAGGAAUCUCCUCAAAUUUCAGCUGAAAGUAUAAUGACAAAACUAAAAAUGUUUUUGGAAGCAUUCAACGGUCUAUCAAAAGUACAUAUAAACAUUCGAGCUGGUCAUGUUUAUUUGCUUUAUAUGACAGACGGUGAAAUUGUAAUAUCUCCAAAUCAUAAACAAUUCAUUCAAGAG